AUGUUAAUUGUCCUAAUAUUGUUCCUACUUCUUGCCCAAACAUGCUUCUUUAUUUUGUCUCAUAUUGAAAUCCCAAGCUAUGUUUGUGAAUGGGUUGGGGUAAUUCAUCAUUUUACAUGGUUAUGUGCAUUUGUUUUCAUGUUUCUCUGUCCAUAUCGCUUAAAUGGUGAAAUAAGAGAUCUUCAAACCUACAGCAGAUCUGAAAGAAGGAUGGCUACAGUAAAAUACAUGUUAGUUGGCAUUUCUCUACCUUUAGUUGUCAUUAUCAGCAUCAAAACUGCAAACUUACUUUUGGCACCUACAGAGAAAUGGUACGGUGGACGUCUCUGCUUUGUUUCACAAACAUUCGUCCUGAUAUUUAGUUUUGUUGUCCCAGUAUUUUUGAUAUUGUGUGGAAACGCCAUUUUGCUAAUUUGCAUUAUUCACUAUAUGACUUCUACAUCUAAUGCUGCAAAUUCAAACAGGUCUAACGUGAUGGUCUUUAUGAAAAUAUCAACAGUCAUGGGGUUUAGUUGGAUUAUAGGCAUUGUAGCGAUUCUGUCUCAGUCCGACGUACUUCUUUUAGUUUUCGAAGUCCUGUCUAAUUUGCAGGGAACUUUUAUUACAAUUUCUUUUUCGUGCUCAAGUCGUGUCAAGACAUUUUACAAGAGCUAUCUUCAGCAGAUCAAAUGCAAAUCUCCUGAGGAACAUGCUACGUCUUAG